AACGUGGUAGUUUCGUCGAACAGGAAGCUGCUCGCAAGGAAAACACGACCCGCAGAAAGCUCGGCGCGGUCGACAACCCCCGUCACGAGACGUCAAAAGAUCUCCGCGUUGCUCCUCAAACUCAAGUACGAUGGAGCUGGGAAGCUACUCGGAACGACAGAGACAGAGGGACCCGCUAAACGUGGAACAGGAGCCUCCCAUUUCUGCGUUUAACCAGGGACCUUCUUCGCGUUCAACUGCCCUACGCUCUGCUUUUGCGGGGGGCUGGCUGGGCGGCGGUGACAGCAGAAGUGACACCCCAGAUGACGGCGAAUUCAUUUCAGGAUACUCCCCGUACGACGUCGCCUACAGAGGACAAGCCUACGGAGACAGUGCGUUGAUGAGUCGCACCCCGCCACCGGAUUUGAAGGCGCGUCGUUUCGUUUUUCUUCUUGUGGGGGGCCUCAUCGCCACUGCUUCUGUCUACUUCCUCUACAAUCGAGCUCCGCAGCCAGGCCUUCUGGGACACACAGAAGGAGACCCCUGUGUCGUCGACCGGUCUGAGGCAUGUAGCGCCUAUCCCUUCUAUGGGGGCUUCAAUGCGAACCUGGUGCGCAUGAUUGACGCCGACACAACAACAAAGAAUUUUCUAUUUCGGUCGGCGAUGCCUCUGGAUCCCGAGACACACAACCUUACGAUUCACAAGGUCCAGAUGGCUGCCGCGGAACAGGCUGCGAACAACGGCUUGCAGCUGCCUCCUCGUGCCAAGAUGCUUUUCUUCACACUGGAGUGGGACGGGUACAACGGCCCGUUGCUCGAGCGAUGCGAAAUUGCGAGAGAAGCUUGUCAGGCCCGCCAGUUCCCAGGUGUAGGGACAGUGCACUGGCCGAUCUAUGGCCAGAACAUGAAUCCGUUUCGGCUGGCAGAAGGUUCGCGAGCGGCGCUGGCGCGGACGUUCGUGGACUGGGACGCCGACAACUUGGAGCAGAAAGUCUCGACUUUGCAUCAGCUGGUCCACGUCUCUGUGAAAGACAACGCUGCGGUCUUCGUGACGGCGGAGGGGAAGUCGGUCUUUGCUGGUGCCCCUCUGGAUCGCCAAGAUGUCUCUGGAGACAGCGUCUCGACGGAGAGCGGGAGGGACGGCGAGGUCCUGACGGAGGAGGUUCCCGUGAUCUCCGUCAUUCACUGCCACCACGGAGUCGACAGAACCGGCGCUUUGACUGCAGCAUACAAAAUGCGCUAUCUCGGCUUCUCUCUCGACGCGGUUUUCAGGGAAGCAAGAGCUCUGGGCCAGAAUCUGGUGGAGAGCAUUUACUCGAUGUUGUGGUACUGUCUGUACUUGGAGACCGCGCUGAAAAUGGAGACUGCAAAGUGCUACGACGUCGUGGGGUCGCAUGCAAAUGCCCAGUUUUUCACCAAUGGCCAGGCGCCUCACACUCCGCCUGGGAUUCUUCCAAAUCCGCUCCCGACUCCGCCGUUGACUCCGAGGCCCCGGAGCUCGGAGUUCCUCGUCGGAGCCGCGAGGAGCGACUUGCAGGCGAAGCCUGACGGAGAAAAACAGAACGUUUCUGUCGCUUCAGACACGCAACGUCCGGCCGAGGCAGCCUCGCCCCAGGCGAACGCUGCCGGAGAACCGAAACCAGCUUUUCAGGCUGGGGAAUCACAGGGAGGGAGUCAACAACCGCAGCUGUCUCCGCAGCCUCAGUUAGCCUCGAGCCCCAGCUCUUCUCUUGCUUCGGGGACUCGCGGCACGGACGCGAACUCGGACGCGAAGAAGGCAUCUUUCGACGCAAAUGUGAAUGCUGCAUCGUCCCCGCUUGCGGCGACGACUCCAGAGCAUCCAGUUGCGGAGCCUAGAGGGGAAGAGCGCAACUAAUCGAUUCUGCGGCUGAAUUCGCGGGGUAUCUGGACACCGAGGAUGAAGGCUGAGAGUCGCAGAGAAGACGCUCUGUGUCGGCAGGGAGUGAAUGGGCAAAAGACCGCGCAGAAAAACCGCGAAGCGAUCUUUUUUCUGUCCAAGUGGGAAGUCCGGUGGAUGGAGGAAACUGUGGCGAGAAGCCGGAAACAGAAACGAGGUGUGCCGUCGGAAAACAAUGUGCGUUUUGUGUUGUGGCAAAGCCGGGAGCUCUCUCGCCUUUGCAUGCCCGUGGGUGCCAGGCGUAUGAGACGCGCUUCUCGAGACCGGAGAAAGCGACGUUUCCAAGCGAGCAAGUGCAUAGAUCGUUCCUAGACUCAGAGGAGAUUCCGUGCGACAGAAAAUGCAAAGAAUCCUUCCUCGAAUGCAUAGCAGUGCAAGUUGUCAACAGAGGAGUCCUCAACCGUAAAUGCGGAGCUCGGUACGUACAGAUUGCGCAAGGACGAACUGUCGGCUUCUCUGUGCAUCUGUUACGGGGGAAAGGGACAGCGUCUGCAUUUCCUCUACGUUCCGCUAUUUUCAGAUGCCUGCCGCGAGGCCGUAACUUUUUCAAGAGCUCGGAGUUCGAAAGGAUUUCGCUCGGGGGAGGAUCUUCACCUCGAGGCACCCGGCGAAAGGCAAGCGCCGGUUCCUCAUUUGUUUUUCGAAGGAUCUUUUUUCGACACUGUGGGAGCUCGGCGCAGAGCUGCUGCUCUUUUUUGACAAUAGAGAUAGAGUGCUCCGUGCAUGCGUCUUCUUGUGGGCGCAGAAAUUGCAUGUGAGAUACUUUUCGACUGGGGGAGGUGAUCGAAAACGCCGCUGGUCAUGACGCCUUUCCUACGCAAAACUGAAGUGUGGAAAGCGGUAAGAAAGCUGCGAAGCGCGGCAGGAAACUCAAACAUCUCUGGGGUGCAGAACUCGAAACCUCAGACGAAUGGACUUAACCAGUCCAGGUUGAACUGCGUCCACCUCACCGUGGUUUCUCGCUGAUUUCCCUGCAUGCCUCCGAAACCGUGAACUUCUUGAGUCCGGACUCGG